AUGUGUCUGGUGACCAAGUACGCCGGCCAGAGCCUCGACGCCCACGUGGUGGGCCGCCUGCACACGGAGCACAGGAUGUCUGUCAUGAGGCAGGUGUGCAACAUCGUGCAAAGCAUGCACAGUCAGGGCCUGGCUCACAACGACAUCAAGCCAGCCAGCGUGUGCGUGCGGACGGGCGCGGAGGGACCCCGGGUGACCGUCAUUGACUUCGGUCUGACCAUGGCGGCCGGGGCCGUCCCGAUGCUGGAGAUCCAGUGGAACGAGAAGCUGUGCUACGCCCCCGAGAUCUGCGGGAGGGAGAGGGCCGGCCCGUGCGGCAGCCUCUCCGACGCGUACGCCGUGGGCCAGCUGCUGCUGUUCGUGUUCAGCAGGAAGCAGAUGCCGCAGCUGGUGAGGCGCUGGUUCUUCAAGAGCCAGAGGAUGAGCCCCACAGAGCGCCAGGGCCUGGGCUCGCUGCUGGAGGCCCUCGAGCAGGAGGGGAUCCGCCUGUCCCGACGCUGCUACUGA